AUGAGCGUCUGUUUUUUCCUAAUGGAGUUGGUUCAUAAAAUUUGUUAUGCACUUCAUAAAUUAAACUGCUCACAGGGUAAUGGAAAACACUCAACUACAAGGAGAAAUUCCGGCAACCCUCUUCAACCUUUUUCAAUUGCAGACAGUCAUCUUGAGGGGAAACAAAAUCAAUGUAACCUUGGAUAUUGCGUCCAACUAUGGAAGCCAGUUAAAAUUGAUUGAUUUACAGAACAAUUACAUCGAUUCAUUUACAGAAAGACCUGGAUAUCGUUUUCAAAUAAUACUUAUGCAUAAUCCAGUUUGUCAAGAAGGAGGAUCAGAAAACUAUUGUGGCAACCCCCAAGAGAACUUUGGAUAUUCAACCCCAUAAGAUAAUUGCUUCAGAACUCAAUGCAGUUCUGAUCAAAUUCCCGACCUAUAUUUCAGAGCUCCUUCCUUUUCUGAUUUGAGAAACACAAGUGUUUAUGUGUCACUUCAACAGUCUAUGAUAUCUUCUUUUAGCCGACAUCAGGUGCUAGUAGAUUCAGUUUCCUUGAGCAAUCCGAAAAAGAAUUCAGAUGACUACCUUGUAUUACACCUGCAAGUUUUUCCAUUUGGCCAAGAUGGUUUCAACCGUACAGGGAUUACCACAAUCGGAUUUGAACUUAGCAAUCAGACUUUCAAACCCCCACCAAAUUUUGGACCAUUCUUUUUCAUUGGUGAAAGCUACAACUACUUCGAAGUUGGAUCAAGAGGAUCUCACAAGCAAUUAUCAUUGGAGCAGCUCAUGCUGAUAUCGGGACAUCCGCCACCGUGCAAAAUGAGGAGCUUGAGGAGAUGCGGCGAACAAUUCAACAACUUUCUAGGAAUUGUGCGGAUGAACGAGAAAAAAGAAAGCAUGAAGAGAAGAUUAGAGACACACUUAGGAAUGACAUUGACUCCCUCAAGGCUCAAGUGAACCACUUAAUCGGCUUGCCCCGCUCUCCGCCAAAAAGCCACAUUUAUGAAGAGGAUGAAAGUGAUGGAAAUAAUACAAAUUAUAAAGAAGAAGAGGGGGAACCCGAAGAUGAGUGAUUUUAUGUUUGGUUGGAUUGUUGCUUAGUUGGAUGUUAACUUUGAAUGUUACGUUUUGAUGUUUUGGAUAGUUUUGAUGAUUGAUGGGAUAAUUUGGAUAUUUGGAUGCUUGAAGGGAUAAUUUGGAUAUAGUUUAUAAAGUUUUUUGUUGUUAAGUUGAGUUUUUGUGUGGUUGCAUUUUAGUUUGUAUUGUAAUAUUCUGUUGGCAGGUGGUGCAACCAAAUAUAGGCAGUACCUGCCAAAAAUGUACCAGAAUUAUCGAGGGACUUACCGACAGAGUCCGUCGGUAUUCUUGAACCAAAUUUUCAGAUUUUGUUGAAAAUACCGACGGAUAGCCAUCGG